AUGGGGAUCAAUUCGGCUUUUGUUGCCGGCGAAGCUGACCUGUCUGGCAUGGCCAUGUGCGAUGGCGACGAAGCCGGCACGCCACUACACGUGGGGAACGUGCGCCACAAUGCGGUGCUCGAGGUGAAUGAGGAAGGUGCCAUGGCGGUGGUCGCCACCGGUAGCUAUAUGCUCUGCGGGGCUAGUGCGGUAAUGGCGGAUCAGCCAGAGAUGGUGGACUUCGUCUCUGACCACCCGUUCGUGUUCUUUGUCAUUGAGGAGGUGUCGCGAGCAAUCCUCUUUGUUGGCCGCGACCUCGACCCUUCAGUGUAA